UGGGCAGGGCCAAAAGCGGGGCUGGCGGCGAAGGGCAAGCUCCGCCCUCAGGGGAGGGGCCAGCAGGCAGCGGCGCGUCGCUGCGCCGCACGUGUGCGAGCGAGGCGGCUGUGAGUCCGCCUGAGCGCUGCGGGGGCCUCGGCGUAAACCGCGCUGGCUGCCUAUGCUGGGCUGCCCUCGUGGUUGGUUCCUCCGAGUGGCCCUUACCUCCGCCUUCCUCCGGCGCCAGGACCAGCGCGCCCGCAUUCUCGUCGCCCGCCCUGCGCCGCGCGCACGCUCUCAGGCCCCGGGUUCUCUUAAACGUUUUCUUGGAUACUUGAAAAUGGAGAUGACAGAAAUGACUAGUGUGUCAUUGAAACGGGGGUCCGCUGCCAUCGAAGAUAAUGACAGUGUGGCCCCAGCUGAGGAGGCCAAGAGACAGAAGGUCUCAGGAUGCUGUCCAGCCACAGGGCAAGAUGGGCUAGAGAACAGCUCUCUACCCAGCAGCGAAAAGGUGCCUGGGCCUCCCGAAACUGCUGGACAGGGUAAAGAGAACUCUGAAGUUCCGUCAGAGGAAGAGGAGGAGGAAGAUGGCCUCUCAGAGGAGGGUGAGGAGGAGGAGGAAGCGGAGAGCUUUGCAGACAUGAUGAAGCAUGGGCUCACUGAGCUGGAUGUGGGCAUCACCAAGUUCGUAAGUUCUCACCAGGGAUUCUCAGGAAUCUUAAAAGAAAGGUACUCUGACUUCGUCGUUCAUGAAAUAGGAAGAGAUGGACGAAUCAGCCAUUUGAGCGACUUGUCUGUCCCAGUGGAUGAAGAGGAUCCUUCAGAAGAUGUAUUUACAGUUUUAACAGCUGAAGAAAAGCAGCGUUUAGAAGAGCUCCAGCUUUUUAAAAAUAAGGAAACCAGUGUUGCCAUUGAGGUUAUUGAGGACACCAAAGAGAAAAGAACCAUCAUCCAUCAAGCGAUUAAAUCUCUGUUUCCAGGAUUAGAGACAAAAACAGAAGACAGAGAGGGGAAGAAAUAUAUAGUAGCCUAUCAUGCAGCUGGAAAAAAGGCUCUGGCGAAUCCAAGGAAACAUUCUUGGCCAAAAUCUAGGGGAAGUUACUGUCACUUUGUACUGUACAAGGAAAACAAAGACACCAUGGAUGCUAUUAAUCUGUUGUCCAAAUAUUUAAGAGUCAAGCCAAACAUAUUCUCCUACAUGGGAACCAAAGAUAAAAGAGCCAUAACCGUUCAGGAGAUUGCUGUUCUCAAAAUAACUGCACAAAGACUUGCCCACUUGAACAAGUGCUUGAUGAACUUUAAGCUGGGGAAUUUCAGCUAUCAGAAAAACCCUCUGAAAUUGGGAGAGCUUCAAGGAAAUCACUUCACGGUCGUCCUCAGAAAUAUAACAGGAACUGACAACCAAGUGGAACAAGCCAUGAACUCUCUCAAGGAGAUUGGGUUUAUCAACUACUACGGAAUGCAAAGGUUUGGAACAACAGCUGUCCCCACAUAUCAAGUUGGAAGAGCUAUACUGCAAAAUUCCUGGACUGAAGUCAUGGAUUUAAUAUUGAAACCCCGUUCUGGAGCUGAAAAGGGGUACUUGGUUAAAUGCAGGGAAGAAUGGGCGAAGACCAAAGACCCAGCCGCUGCCCUCCGAAAACUACCUGUCAAAAGGUGUGUGGAAGGGCAGCUUCUCCGAGGACUUUCAAAAUACGGAAUGAAGAAUAUAGUCUCUGCAUUUGGCAUAAUACCCAGAAACAAUCGCUUAAUGUACAUUCACAGCUAUCAGAGCUACGUGUGGAACAACAUGGUGAGCAAGAGGAUUGACGAGUACGGGCUGAAGCCUGUGCCCGGCGACCUUGUUCUUAAAGGAGCCACAGCCACCUUUAUUGAGGAAGAUGAUGUUAAUAAUUACUCCAUCCAUGAUGUGGUAAUGCCUUUGCCUGGUUUUGAUGUUAUCUACCCCAAGCAUAAAAUUAGUGAAGCCUACAGGGAAAUGCUCACAGCAGACAAUCUUGAUAUUGACAACAUGAGACACAAAAUUAGAGAUUAUUCCUUAUCAGGGGCCUACCGAAAGAUCAUUAUUCGUCCUCAGAAUGUCAGCUGGGAAGUUGUUGCAUAUGAUGAUCCUAAAAUUCCACUGUUCAACACAGAUGUGGACAACCUGGAAGGUAAACCACCACCAGUGUUUGCUUCUGAAGGCAAAUACAGAGCUCUGAAGAUGGAUUUUUCUCUCCCUCCUUCUACCUACGCGACCAUGGCCAUUCGCGAAGUGCUUAAAAUGGAUACCAGCAUCAAGAACCAGACCCAGCUGAACACCACCUGGCUCCGCUGAGGCCUGUGUCCCGUAUUAGAAAAUGCAGACUUGUGUUUGCUGGCUUCCUGUUCAUUUUCCUCUGAGUGCAGGCCCCUGUGUGGAUUUGGGAUCUUUGUAGUAAAAGACUAUUUGUAUUUUUCCAAGUUUUUAUUAGCUUAAUUUGCAAUAUUUGUACAUAUAUAGAAAUCGUGAGGAUCCUCACUCUAGUUCAGAGAAUAUAAAUUGGUUAGAAUAUAUUUCAGGUGCUUAAAUCAUAGCAAAAUGUCAGCUUUUAUUGGCUUUAUAAUCAUUUUAAAGAAAUUUGGUUUAAGGUAGCAGUUUUACAUUUUGCUACAUUCUUGAAGGGCAGUAGGAAUUUUUAAUGCAUCUCUGAAUGUAUACAUAACAGUGCAUUUUAAGAGAAAUGCAGUGGAACAAAUACUGACUAUGGAUAAUGAUUAGUGACACCCCUCCCCUCAGAAAAACCCUAUAAAUCUAAAUAACAGUGCUUAUGCUCAUAUUAAUGGUGGUAAAACAUCCACAGGUUUAUAAACACAAAAGUGAUGGUUAUCCAUGAACCAGGUUCAGCUAAGUGUAUAUAGACUUUCUGGUUGCAAUAGCUUUUGCAUUUAUUAUCAUUGCCUUGCAGGAGCGUUGCAUUAAUAGGGCUUUUUUUCUUUAUGUAAACAUGUGCAGCUAUUUUCAGUUAAGGUCCACUUUCUACUCCAGGUGCCUUUUAUGUUGACUCUUUCCGCUGGACUGAUAUUUGCCCAAAAAUAAACGAUGGAGAAGAAGACUUUUGCAGACUUAACAAGGGCUCCUCCUAUCAGCAGCAUUCCCUUUGUUACCCAUAGCGGAGGUCUUUCCAGUUUUGGCCAUGCAUCAAACUGUGCUCUGGUACGAAAGCAUAAAUAUGCCUUUCCAAGGGUGUGUGACAUUAUUAUAUCAAUUUUUAUUUUCUAUCAUUUCUAGAACCAAAUAUAAUAAAUCUUUUUAAAAACUCUG